GCCUCGGAGAUGAACUUGAGGGAAAACGAAAUGGCCAGGAGGAGUGGGGGCUUGGCGCCCUGGCGGUUCUGGUGUCUUCUCCUGGUGCUGUGGGGUGUACUGGAGGCCGCAGGAUUUCGGGUGGAGAUGGCAGAUAGGACUCAGACCGUGUUUCUCAAUGACAACACCACCAUCAUCUGCAAGAUCCCUGGUUCUCCUGCUCUGGACAUCAGCACUGUGGGCGUUGUUUGGUCUGUGAAGAGAAAAGGAUCAGAAGAGAAAGUUCUUCUGUUUGAAUAUUAUGGAGAUCACAAGAAGGCAUACCGACCUGGAGCCAACAUCUCUCAAGAGAAGCUGAAGAAUGGGGAUGCCUCACUCUACCUGCCAGCCGUUCAGCUGAGUGAUGCUGGAGAGUACUUCUGUAAGGUGGUGGUCACCCCUGAGAAGGAUGAGAAGAGUGUCCAGCUGGAAGUUGUGGCUACUCCAACCAGCAAAAUAUUUCUGGACCAAGCCCCGGAGAACUCAAGGCAAUGUGCACGCAUUGUGUGCAAGUGCAGUGGUUUUUACCCAGACUCUGUGAACAUAACAUGGGAGAUUUGUCUCCAGAAGGCAGCCCAGCCUCUGCCAAUAUCUGAAGGCAUCUUCACUGGUCCUCAUGUCCAGAAUGGGGAUGGGACCUUUAAUGUCACUAGCUAUCUGACACUGAAGUCUCCUCUGGAAGAUGCUGGGGCCAUGUACCAGUGUGUGGUGAGUCACGUUUCCCUAUGCACCACCCAGAGACUCAACCUCACGCUGAGUGGGACAGGUAAGCCUCUUUCUGGACGUGUUCCCUACUCCAUGACUUGAGGCAGUGCAACUUACACUUUGGCUCGCAGGCAUGCCAGGUGCUGCACUGGGAAUUGAUGGGGAAGGAGGUAAAACACGGGCUGGAGGG